AUGGCGGCCCCCGGGAGGAGGAAGCUGGCAGAGCUGAGCCUGGAUGAGUUCCUCGCUGCGGGCUCGGACUCGGAGCAUGACGGCGCCUGGGAGGAGGAGGAGGAGGAGGAGGAGGAGGAGGAGGAGGAGGAAGGCAGCCGGGCCCUCAGCGGCUCUGCGAGGCAGAGACAGCAGGGAGGGAAGGCAGCCCAGGGGCUGCAGGCACGGCCGGGCAGCAGGAAGAAGGGAAAGGCAUCAGAGCACAAGGAUCAGCUCUCCAGGCUGAAGGACAGGGACCCCGAGUUCUACAGGUUCCUGGAGGAGAACGAUCGCAAGCUGCUGGACUUUGAUGCCUCAGACAGCUCGGAGGAGGAGGAGGAGGCUCUGCACAGACCCCCCGACACCCUCGAGGAAGCCAGCCACGAGGAUGAAGAUGACGAAGAUGAAGAGCAAGAAAAAGUCAAAAGGAAGAAAGUUUCCCACAUCCACGUGAGCUUGAGGAUGGUGGAGGAGUGGAAGAAAGCUGCCCAGAGGAACCUCACCCCGAAGCUCUUCCAUGAGAUCAGCCAAGCCUACAAGGCAGCUGUGGCCACCACCAAAGGGGACAGCGGUGGUGACCCCAGCAAGUUCCAGGUGGCUGACACUGCAGUGUUCAAUGCCCUGGUGUCCUUCUGCAUCCGGGACCUGUUCCACCACCUGCACAAGCUGCUGCUCCCCAAAGCCCCCAAGAACAAGCACAAAAUGGUUCUCCCUUCCACCAGCCCCCUCUGGGGAAAGCUACGACUGGACAUCAAAGUUUAUCUUGGCUGUACCAUCCAACUGCUGUCAUGCCUGACAGAGGCCUCAGUGGGUGCAGCAGUGCUGCAGCACGUGAGCUCCACAGUUCCAUACUACCUGUCCUUCCCAAAGCAGUGCCGGGCCCUGCUCAAGCAAACCAUCACUCUGUGGAGCACAGGGGAGGAGACAGUCAGGGUCCUGGCCUUCCUGGUGCUGAACAAGAUCUGCAGGUACAAGAAGGAGGUUUACCUCAGCCCCCUGCUCAAGCAAAUGUACAUUGCCUUUGUGAAGAACUGCAGGUUCACCUCUCCCAACGCCCUGCCCAUGAUCAACUUCAUGCAGCGCACGCUGACAGAGAUGCUGGCCCUGGACAGCCCCACCUCCUACCAGCACAGCUUCAUCUACAUCCGCCAGCUGGCCAUCCACCUGCGCAGCGCCAUGACCCUCAGGAAGAAGGAGAACUUCCAGUCAGUCUAUAACUGGCAGUACAUCCACUGUUUGUACUUCUGGUGUCGAGUUCUCAGCACCAUCCACCCCAGUGAGGUCAUGGAGCCCCUCAUCUACCCCUUGACACAGGUCAUUAUUGGCUGUAUCAAGCUGGUGCCCACGUCCCGGUUCUACCCGCUGCGCAUGCACUGCAUCCGUGCCCUGACGCUGCUGUCGCAGAGCACCAGGACCUUCAUCCCCGUGCUGCCCUUCAUCCUCGAGGUUUUCCAACAAGUGGAUUUCAACAAGAAGCCAGGACGGAUGAGUUCCAAGCCCAUCAACUUCGCUGUGAUCCUGAAGCUCUCCAAUGCCAACCUGCAGGAAAAGGCCUUCAGGGAUGGGCUCAUUGACCAGCUCUAUGACCUGCUGCUGGAGUAUCUCCAUGGCCAAGCCCACAGCAUUGGCUUCCCAGAGCUGGUUCUCCCCACUGUCAUCCAGCUGAAGUCCUUCCUGAAGCAGUGCAAGGUGGCCAACUACUGCCGGCCCCUGCGGCAGCUGCUGGAGAAGCUGCAGGAGAACUCGGCCCACAUCUGCAGCAGGAGGCAGAGAGCUGCAUUCGGGGUGGCCAGCACUGCAGCCGUGGAGCAGUGGGAGAGGCAGGUGAAGGAGGAGGGGACGCCCCUGAGCAGGUACUACAGCCACUGGAGGAAGCUGAGGGACAAGGAGAUCCAGCUGGAAAUCAGUGGCAAGGAGAGGCUUGAAGACUUGAACUUCCCAGAAAUCAAACGCAGGAAGCCAGAUGAGAGGAAGGAGGAGGACAAGAAGGAAUUCAAGGAUCUCUUUGAGCUGGACAGUGACUCUGAGGAGGAGAACGGUGGAUUCUCUGUGAAAGGGAGAGGCAGAGCCUCAGAUGACAGCUCAGAAGCCAGCAGCAAGGAGUUUGGGGAGGAGGAGGAUGAUGAAGAAGGAAAUUACGAAGUGGAGGAGGACGAGGAGGAGGAACUGGAAGAGGAGAGCGAGUCGGAGGCAGAGGAGGGCCGGGAAGGAGCCCAGCAUUCCCGGGAUUCCCGGGAUCCCCAGGAGAGGAGGAGCUGCCCCCGGGCCCUGGCCCGCUCCGACCUGCAGCAGCUGGCACAGGGAGGGGAGGACCUGGUGCAGGACCUGGAGUUCUCAGACGAGGACUGAGCCCCCCAGCCCCUCCCCAGCCGAGCCCUCCUCGCUCCUGGAGCUGUGCCAGAGCCAGGGAGAGCUGGCACCAGCCCCAGCCUGCACUUCUCCACUUGGACUCUCCAGCUUCUCCCACCAGUUCUGCUUUUGGUACCAAUAAAACACGAGGCCAAGUCAAGGCCAGUAAAAACUGCCCUGAGAGGGAACAAAACCCCCAUUAAAAUCUGCUUUCAGUAGCACAGGGUUCACUGCCAGCUCCUGCUCUGUGAGCAGGAGGGCAGGGGGUGGGUUUUGUCCAAGCAGCCACCCCAGGUUCUGCUCUCACAAACCCUCCCUGGUGCCCUGAGGGACUGCAGGGACUCUGCCAGAGCUUUGCAGCUUCCCUGGAAGCCUCGAGCAGCUCAGGCUGCUCUAAGUGUGCUGCAAAAGGAAACUUUAAUUUCAGUUUUCCUGGGCUGGGGAUGUGCAGGCGUGAAGGAUUGAGCAAAGGCAAAAUUGAUAAUGUAGGAAACACUGCCCAGGUGAGAACUGCACCACUUAAAGAAAAAAAAAUCAGUUUGGAAAAGAUUUUAACGUGCCUGUUCUUCCCAAAGAGAAAGGAAUUCCCUUUUCCUCCUGGCUCUGACAGCUGGGCAAGGUGCUGGCUGCCUUCUGCCAGCUGGGAACCCAGCCUGGCCUGGAUGCCAGGCAGGAGUGUGGCAGCACCCGGCCCAGGGGGGCACCCGGCACAAAGGAGAGACACACACUGCUUGGGUAAAGCCAGGUACCAUUUGUAAAUUAAGUGUUUUUCUUUUUUAUUUAAAUUGAUUGCUGGAAAGCAUUUUUAUCGUGAUGUGAUGGAUAAUGGAAAUUUUUUUUGUCCUUUUUUUACAAUAUAAAGAAGCUAAAGUACCACCAAAGCUAUUCUGUAAGAAAAACGGCAGCACGUGCAACGUUUAAACAAAAAACAAACCCAAAAAUAAAAACGGGGGGGGGGGGGGGGAGGAGAGAGAGAAAAGUACCACAUGUGAUUGUUGCUCACAACUGUACAAGUCACAGGAGGUCACCCCAGCAGUUCCCAGCUCAUUCACAGUAGUAAAAACUCUGCCCAUUGUUGGAGCCCGGCCCCUCCCCGCAGCUCCUCUGGGUGCACAGCAGUGCAAUUCCUGCACCUCUGCCCCAGGGCUGCCAGCACAGCCCCCCAGCAGCUGCAGGCCGGGCUGGGACCCUCCUCCGACCCCGGAGCUGCUCCUGGAACCAAACAUCCCGUGGGGAAAUCCUUUCUGCAGGGCUGGGCACGGGCACUGCCAGCCCCCGUGCCAGGGCAGGGUGGCUCUGUACCAUCUGCACGAAGUAAACAUGGACGGGAACUU